ACAGGCUUACACCUUAACCCUCAUAGAGAAGAGAAACAAACAAACAAGGUCAUCAGUAGAAGAAAUCAACAGUAAAAAACCAUUACCCCUUCUGCAAGAAAGGCCAGUGCUAACCAAAGAUGAAGCAAAUCUCUCUUGCUUUGCUAUGUUUUUUCUUAACAACUCUGUUUCUGGGAAACGUCAAAACAACUGAAGGCUCGUUGCCAUCUGCACUAGAUACUCCGGGAAGUCUACUAUCUGAUCUCUGGCGAGAUCGGUUUCCGGAUCCUUUCAGAGUCUUGGAGCAGAUCCCAUUAGGUCUUGAAAGAGAUCAGAGCGUGGCUCUGUCUCCAGCGAGAGUGGACUGGAAAGAAACACCAGAAGAGCAUGUGAUCAGGCUCGAUGUGCCCGGGAUGAAGAAAGAUGAGGUGAAGAUUGAAGUUGAGGAGAAUCGAGUUGUGCGAAUAAGCGGCGAGAGGAAAAGAGAGGAAGAAAAAGAAGGAGAUCAUUGGCAUAGAGUUGAGAGGUCUCAUGGAAAGUUCUGGAGACAAUUUAGAAUGCCUGAUAAUGUGGAUUUGGACAGUGUCAAGGCCAAGCUUGAGAACGGUGUCCUCACCAUUACUAUCAAAAAGGUUUCCGCAGACAAAGUCAAGGGUCCAAGAGUUGUUGACAUUUCGUUCCAAGAGGAUCAAAAUGGCAAACUCAGUUCUGCUUAGUCCACAGUGCUUGUAUCAGAUUCGAGUUUGGUGUCUUGUAAAACCUCUGUAAUCUAUUUCUAAAUGGAAUAAAUACUAUAACAUGUCUUUAUAUUGUGUACUUGUUCAUGAAUCAGUCCCAAUAAAACUACACGAGAAAGAGUUACAAAACUUAAGAGCACCAAUGUUUAGCAUAAGAACUUCCCCUUCUCGCCAUGUUUAGCCUUCCAUGGACCUGGAAAAUACAAAGAACAGGCAAAAAAGAGAGUAAACUAAUAGUUCUUUGCUGGAAUCACAUGAUGACAAGUCAGAGAAUAAUUGAACAGCUUACUUUCUUUGCUGGAAGAUAACGCAAUAGUAGUUCCGCAUUUGAUACUACAACUUUCAGUACAUAACAUUAACAGUACCACUUUUUAAGUAUCAUAAACAUAAUGUAAACUGUGGCGUCCACAGCUUCUCUGAAGUCAGUUCACUAUUAGAAAGCAGAGUACAGCUUUGUCAAGUAAAAAACCUUUGAACCUUCCCAAAUUGUCAUAAAGAGAUCAAGUUAUCAAGUAUCAUAUAUAUCUCCUCGGUCUUCGGAUGCGAUUUACCAAGAGAAUAGAACUGAUGAACCUCGCUAUCAAUCUGAAUCCAACUGCAUCCUGGUAUUUUAUAAGCAUUUUGGUUCUUGAUCAUCUUCCUAGCUCUGCGUGCCUCUUCCCAAUUACCCAUCUCUCCAUAUAAAUUCGCCAUCAUAGCCACAUAACCUCCAUUGUUAGGAUUCAAAGCAACCAGAUUCUUCACAGCAACUUCAGCCAAAUCCAAAUGGCUAUACUUCCUACAAGCAUUGAGCAGCGAUCCCCAAAUCGCCUCGUCGGGUUUCAUCUUCAUACCGGCCAUAACUUCCAAAGCUUCAUUGAACUGACCUGCCCUGCCUAGAAGAUCUAUUAAGCAGCCGUAAUGCUCAAUCCUCGGCUCAAUACCGAAUCUGUUUGCCAUAAGGUCGAAAUAAGCUCGGCCUUUCGAUACCAAACCUCCAUGAGUACAUGCGUUGAGAAGACCGAUGAAAGUAAUGUGAUCCGGCUUGAUAUCGUUACUGUUCAGCUUCAUCAUUUCUUCAAACACUGUUAUAGCUUCUUCGCUUCUACCAUGGAGAGCAAAGCAAUUGAUCAUAGAGUUCCAAGCUGUUAAACUCUUCUUGUUCGUCAUCUUGAAAACAGAGCUUGCUUCCUCCAAGUUACCACAUUUUCCAUAUAAGUCGACCAAAGAAUUCGAAACAAACACAUCAGAUGAAAGAUCACGACGGUAUGCGAAGGCGUGGAUCCCUUUGGCCAGCUGAAGCGUACCAGUUUGAGCACAAGCGGAGAGGACACAAACCAGAGUUACCUCGUUAGGACAAACAUUAGUAGUCUCAUUCUCAUUGAUCAUCCUUCUAAACAGAGAAAUCGCUUCAACGAAAAGGCCGUUCUGUGUACAAGCAGCAAGAAUCGCGUUCCAUGAGGGAACAUCACGCUCAGGCAUCUCGUCGAAGAGAGAGAUCGCACUGGAGAUAUCACCAGACCUCGCGUACCCAGAAAGCAAAGCAGUCCAAGAGACAACGUUUCUCUCAGACAUUUCAUCGAACAGGUGUCUUGCGAGAGGGAUGUGAGAAACAGAGGAUGCGUAGGAGUGAAGGAGAGCGGUUUGUACAACGAGGUAGUGAUAGAACCCGGAUUUGAACAAGUGUGUAUGAACCAAAGGAGUGGAGAAAGCAGAGGUGAGAUAUGGUGUUGAUUUGAGGACAAGUGGGUAGAUGAAGUGAUUAGGGCGAGGAAAAGAGCGGUUAACCAUAAGACGGAAGAAGGAGAAAGCAGAGGAAGCAUGGAGAGGGAGAGAGGAAGAGUAAGCAGUUAAAACGGCAGCGUAGAGAUGCGUAUUGGGGUAAGAGAAGCGGUCAAAGAUAAAGCGAGCGUAAGAGAGAUUACAGAGACGACGAGUACAGAAACGAAGAAGCUUAAAACAGAGGAAAGGCGAGUGACUUAGCCCAGCGACGAUGAGAAAGGACUGAACUUGCUUCAAAUGAUUCAAAUGGGUCGAGUUAGAAAUCGCUUCGGAGACGAAUUCGCCGGAUUCCGCCAUGCGUGACGGCGCGUGGAGGGUGGCUUCAGUCAGAGGUUUGGGUUUACACGUGUCCCCAUGUGCUCUUCCACCAAACGUGAUGAGAGAGAGAGAGAGAUGGAUAAUGCGAGUGCUUCGUCUUUUUUCUCUCCUAGUCUAUCAUUUUCUUUCACUUUCCGCUUUUAUCGUCUCUCUUCUUCUCCAAAUCGACGGAUUUAAGGUUCCCCACUCGCUCUAAUCUCUCUACCCUAACGCUCCUUCAUUAAUUCUAACGAUUGCAAUUUUGCAGAACACAAAACGUAUAUAUACACAUCAUCGAAGCUGAUGCAGACAUAUCUCUUCGAUUCCUACACCUUUUUUCGGAUCUCGAGUUUGGGGUCUUUGUACUGCUUCUGAUACCUAAUCUGUGCCUGUUUGAUUGUAUACACACACAUAUAUUGUAUUUAUUUGAAUCAAAUGUCUGGAAUUUGGAGAUGGAGGAAUCUAAAGUCCUUAGCUUUCCACGCUCGUUCGGUUUCACCUGUUCCCACUCAUCUCUAUUCUCUGGAAUUGGGAUCGUCUCCGCCUCGCCGUCGUCUUCUGCAGGAACGAUUCAAAUCGGAGCAAGGCGGUGUUGGUAGCGGAGGAAACAACGGCGGAGGAGGAGCAGGAGGGGAUGAUUUUCCGGUCCCAGUCACACGCCGGAAGCUAAGAGCUGAGCCGAAUUGCCCUCGCUGCUCAAAGCAAAUGGAUCUUCUCUUCUCCAAUCGUCAAUUCCCUUCUUCUAAUCUUCUCCACCGUACCGAAGGCUCCGAUUCCGAUUCCUCCUCCGCCGGAGACAAAACCAAUUUCCAAUCCGUCAAUUUCUGUCCGACUUGCAAAACCGCUUACGGAUUCAACCCUCACGGCGUCUCUCCUCUUCAGGGGACGUUCAUCGAGAUCGGUCGUGUUCAAUCCCCAGCCCCCACCACCAAUGCUUCUAAGUUAUCCGCCAGGAAACAUUCAAAGGAUCCAAAUCAUGGAUUCGGCAGCAACAAUCUCAGUUCCAAUUACAGAAACAAGCUCAGAUCUUCCUUCUGGGAUACGCUCAGAUCUUACGGCGCUGAGCCGCCUGAGGAUUGGUCUCCGCCUCCUUCUACUCCUCCUUUGAACGCUUCUCCUCCAAGCAACGUCGCUCCUGCCUCUAACGGCGCCGUCAAAAUGGAUGCCUCACCGCUACCCGAUGCAGCCAACGACGUUAGUAGUCGAUGGGGGGGAGCUAGCUUGGGCAGAGACUUCCCUACUCCAAAGGAGAUUUGUAAAUGGCUUGACAAGUUCGUCAUUGGACAAAGCCGCGCCAAAAAGGUGCUCUCUGUCGCUGUGUAUAACCAUUACAAGAGAAUAUAUCAUACCUCUAUGAAGAAAGGGUCAGCAGCACAACCAAUUGAUGAUGCCGAUAAUGUAGAAUUAGAUAAGAGCAAUGUUCUCUUGAUGGGGCCUACUGGUUCUGGGAAGACAUUACUCGCGAAGACUUUAGCUCGGCUUGUAAAUGUUCCUUUUGUCAUUGCUGAUGCAACUACACUGACUCAGGCGGGUUAUGUUGGUGACGAUGUUGAAUCAAUCCUUCAUAAGCUACUAACGGUUGCUCAGUUCAACGUGCAAGCAGCACAGCAGGGAAUAGUCUACAUCGAUGAAGUUGAUAAGAUAACAAAGAAGGCUGAGAGUUUACACAUUAGCCGAGAUGUUUCAGGGGAAGGUGUCCAACAAGCACUUUUAAAGUUACUGGAAGGCAGUAGAAUGGUUCUGGAUCCAUGCGUUGCUUCUGUAUUGAUCGUUGGAUCUUCUUUCCAGAUUGUAAAUGUUCCAGGGAAGGGAGCAAGGAAGCAUCCACGGGGUGACCAUGUACAGAUAGACACAAAAGAUAUCCUCUUUAUCUGUGGAGGAGCAUUUAUUGACCUUGAGAAGACCAUUGUGGAUAGACGACAAGAUUCAUCGAUUGGCUUUGGAGCUCCUGUCCGUGCCAACAUGGCUACCGGUGGAGUGACCAGUGGUGCAAUAACUUCAUCUUUGCUAGAAUCGGUCGAGAGCUCCGAUCUUACAGCGUAUGGCCUUAUACCUGAGUUUGUAGGACGCUUUCCCAUAUUAGUUAGUUUGUCAGCUCUAACAGAGGACCAGCUCAUUCGGGUGCUUGUAGAACCCAAGAAUGCUCUUGGGAAACAGUACAAGAAACUAUUUAGUAUGAACAAUGUAAAGUUGCAUUUUACUGAGAAAGCUCUCGGGGUGAUUUCGAAGCUAGCGAUGGUGAAGAAUACAGGUGCGAGGGGACUAAGAGCCUUGCUUGAAAGCAUUCUUACAGAAGCCAUGUUUGAGAUUCCAGAUGCUAAGAAGGGAGACGAAAGAAUCGACGCUGUUAUUGUAGAUGAGGAAUCAACAGGCCCUGAAGCUUCCCGUGGUUGCACAGCGAUAAUACUUAGAGGAGAUGGAGCUUUUGAGCGUUACCUCAGCGAGAACAAGUCGAAAGAUGCUUCAGAAACAAUGGUUGAGGAAAGAGUAGACUCAGCGAGAGCAAUGAGCUUGUAAAGAGAAACAGAGAAGAACGGUUUUGUUUUUUUUAACAAAAGGAGUUUCUUGAUUAUUUGUAAAGAACAAGCAUUCAUAUAAAAGUGCAAGAGGAGGAUUUAUCCGCUUUGUACAAUAAAGUUGUUAGCUUACAGAUUCGAAAGUUGAAUUAUUUUACAUAGAAAAGAAGAAUAGGAGUGUAUUCUUUGCUUUUAUUCUAUGCUUUUAUUCACACUGUGUAAACACAAACAUUUGUAACUCUUUGCUUUUAUUCUUUAAAGAAGUUGAGUUUCAAUUAAUCUACUGCACAUUACAUUGUAGCCAACAACAACACAAAUAGUAACAACAAACCCUAAUUACCUUCUUAAAUUGUACACAAAGAUAAAAGUAAACAUAUACGAAACCUAAUUAUACUCAAAUAACCAAAUCAUCCCUAAUUAGCAUCCUAAAUUGUACUACAAAGAUUAACUAAAACCUAAUUCUACUUCCGAAUUACCUAACUCAUGACUUGAAACCCUAAUCAAAG